AUGGCCUUGCCUUCCCUGCGGCUGUUUCCUGUCACUGUGGUUACAGUCCUGAUGGUGCUGGUGUCGUCUUCAGAGGAACACGAGUGGCUUUUUAACCCAGCUCAGUGUCGUUACGCCCUGGGGAUGGAGGAUGGCACCAUCCCAGACUCUGACAUCACUGCCUCCAGCGCCUGGUCUGACUCCACUGAGGCCAAACAUGGAAGGCUGAGCACAGGGGAAGGGGAUGGAGCGUGGUGUCCUGCAGGAGCUGUUUUCCCCGGUGGAUCAGAAUAUCUUCAGAUCGACCUGCACAAACUCCACUUCCUGGCUCUGGUUGGUACCCAGGGUCGUCACGCCGACGGGCACGGCCAGGAGUUUGCUCGCAGUUAUCGACUCCGCUACUCUCGAGACGGAGUAAAAUGGAUGACCUGGAAGGAUCGCUGGAGCCAAGAAGUGGUGUCCGGUAAUGAGAACACCUACGAUAUUGUGCUGAAGGACCUGGGCCCUCCCAUCGUGGCCCGCAUGGUGCGCUUCUACCCGCUGGCUGACCGCGUUAUGAGCGUUUGCCUCCGGGUGGAGCUCUACGGUUGUGUGUGGGAUGAUGGGUUGAAGGCGUACACGGCUCCAGUGGGUCACCUCAUGCACCCCUCUGGCAUGUCCGUCUACCUGAACGACUCCACCUACGACGGCAGCACCGAGCAGGGGAUGCAGUUCGGAGGCCUCGGUCAACUGUGUGACGGCGUCUUAGGAGGAGAUGACUUCAUACACACCAAAGAGCUGAGGGUGUGGCCCGGCUACGACUACCUGGGCUGGAGCCGGGAAGCUCUUGGGCAAGGCAGCGUGGACAUCGAGUUCCACUUCGAGAGAACACGCGUCUUCCACAACAUGCAGGUGCACAGCAACAACCGCCACACCCAGGGCGUCCGAGUUUUCAGCAAGGUUGAGUGUCUUUUCAAGCCCAGCCUCCUCCAGCCGUGGUCGUCUCCUGGCCUCUCACUGCCCGUGCCCCUGGAGGAUCUGAAGGACCCUUCCUCACGUCACAUCUCCCUGCCGCUCGGCGGCCGGCCGGCUCAGAUUCUCCGCUGCAAAUUCUUCUUUGCCGACCGCUGGCUGCUCAUCAGCGAGAUAUCCUUCCUUUCUGAGCCGUUUGAGGAGGAUGUCACAGAGCCUGAUUCAUUUCCUCCUACUCCUCCCAAGACUCCCGCCAUCAGUUCCUCUGCUCCUCCUGUUAACCACACGUCCUCGUCACCCACAUCGAGCCAAAACUCCACCAACUCCACUGCUGAACCUUCUGAAGCCCCAAUCAACUCCACCUUCAUGACGGACACUACCGGUAACUGGACGCAGUCAGGAUCGGAGAUUGUGACUCCCAGAGCUGGUCUCCCUGUGGCCAAGGAUGACAGCAGUAAUACGGCAAUUCUGAUUGGCUGCCUGGUGGGCAUCAUCCUCCUGCUGCUGGCUGUGAUAGCCGUCAUCCUAUGGAGACAGUACUGGAAAAAGAUACUGGGCAAGGCCCAGGGCAGCCUGUCCGGUGACGAGCUGCGGGUCCACCUCUCAGUCCCCAUGGACAAUGUGGUCAUCAACAACACGCACAGCUACUCCAGCCGCUACCAGCGCAUCCAUACUUUCCCAGACGACCGUGAGCAUGACAGGGAGGGAGAGGGAGAGUACCAGGAACCCAGCGCCCUGCUCCGACCAAGGGAUCAGAGAGACAGCACAGCCUUGCUGUUAAACAACCCAGCCUAUCACCUGCUCCUGUCAGAUCACAGAAAAGGCUCAAGACCCCUGGUAGUCCCCGGCACCGCUCAGGCUCAGGAAAAGAGCCUCAAUGUGCCCCAGGCCUGUGGUUUGGAUCUGGACAUGGAGAAGGGUUUCCCCCCGACUCAUGAGGAGCCUCCUCCCUACCCCGGCUCCCCUCCUUACCCUUCCCUCUCUCCCCCUGUAUCCCCACCACUCCCACCCAGCGUCCCCCACUAUGCUGAGGCAGACAUUGUGAGCCUGCAGGGUGUCAGCGGUAACAACACCUACGCCGUGCCCGCCUUGGCCUCCUCCAGCCCGGGGGCCGACGCCACCCCUCUGCCCGAGCUGCCGCGCCAGUGUCUGAUCUUCAAGGAGAAACUGGGAGAGGGGCAGUUUGGGGAGGUGCACCUGUGUGAAAUCGAGAACCCUCAGGACCUUCCCAACUUGGAGUUCCCCUUCAACGUGAGAAAAGGUCGCCCUCUUCUGGUAGCAGUGAAGAUACUGCGGCCAGACGCCUCCAAGAACGCCAGGAACGACUUCCUGAAAGAGGUGAAGAUCCUCUCUCGCCUGAAGGACCCGAACAUCAUCCGGCUGCUCGGAGUGUGUGUGAGCAGCGACCCGCUCUGCAUGGUCACGGAGUACAUGGAAUGUGGAGACUUGAACCAGUACCUGUCCCACCGAGGGCUCCUGGAUAAGACGGGGCCGACACACAACACCCCGACCAUCAGUUACCCAGCCCUCAUCUCCAUGGCCAGCCAGAUUGCUUCAGGAAUGAAGUUCCUCGCCUCCCUCAACUUUGUGCACCGGGAUCUGGCCACGCGGAACUGCCUGGUCGGAGGCGAGAAGGGCGAGAGCGGGGAAGAGCGGGGGGGCGAGCGCGGCAUCAAGAUAGCCGACUUUGGCAUGAGCAGGAAUCUGUACGCAGGAGACUACUACAGGAUCCAGGGCAGAGCGGUGCUGCCGAUCCGAUGGAUGGCCUGGGAGUGUAUCCUCAUGGGUAAGUUCACCACGGCCAGCGACGUGUGGGCGUUCGGCGUCACUCUGUGGGAGAUGCUGAGCGUCUGUCAGGAGCAGCCGUACUCCAACCUCACAGAUGAACAAGUCAUCGACAACGCUGGCGAGUUCUUCAGAGACCAGGGCAGACAGGUGUAUCUGAGCAGGCCAGCCGUGUGUCCUCAGGGUCUCUACGAGCUCAUGUUGAGCUGCUGGAACAGAGACUGCAAGCUCCGCCCAUCCUUCCUCGACAUCCACUCCUUCCUCACCGAGGACGCAAUGAACAUGGUGUAAAGAGCGACUCGGAGAAUCUUUGGAAUGAGAUACGACGUCACAGAGGGGAAACUUCUCGUGCGUUUUUGCGUCCUUGCUGCAGGGGGUUAGCUUCUGGGUCAGUGUGGU